GGUCAGUCAUGCACCGAGUCAUCAUCUCAUCCUCUGCUCCUCCUCCGCCAGCAGUUGUUAUUCUUGGCACCGAAAGAGCAAACUCACAGCGAAGUGGCGAGGUGAGGGCCCCGAAAUUCGCGGGUCUUAGGUAAACUGCAUUACGGGCGGCGGUAGUAACUGUUGCAUAAACAAGUCGAUAUUCAUCAGAGGAAAGACGGAGAGAGUCGUGGUGUCUGCCUUACACCGCCCCCCGCCCCCCGCCACCUGUGUUCCGGGGGCGUGGUGGCCGAGGUGCUCACGCCACUAGGGGACUCGUGCCGUGAGCUACGAGUGACCUGGACUGCCAUGCCAUGUCUCUCUCCCUACGAACGUGACCCUUGACAACACCGUGACAGAAAAUAAUGUAUUCAUCGUGAAAGCUGGCAACAGACGUGCCGCCGAGUUGCUGGCUAGGGAUUUACUUGUUUUUACGCCGAAAGAUAAGUCACUAGUCGCCUCAAAAUCGUCCAUAGUGUUAGAUCACACUGGCAGCGUCGUGGCGGCGCAGUGCAGGGCGUGUGUCACCCAGUGAGGCGGAGGCAUAAAUGGAGGAAAAUAGUGGAUGUGGCGAGCGCGUGCAGGGCCAGCGCAGAGCGGAGUCAGGCGGGCGCCAGUUGAGCACCACACCUGGGGCGGCGAACAGCUCCACCUGACUGCUGUGUACCUGUGUGUGUACCCGGCGCCUUGCCCGCGGCAGGCCGUGUCAGUGUUGUCAGUGUGCGGCGCGGCAAGCAUGAGGUUCACCCACUGCCAGUAGCGCGCGAGUGUCACUCAUAAGGAGAGUUCCCGCAGAGGGCGGCGAGGCGGCGGCGGAGUGGGAGCCUCCACCCGUGGCAGUGUUUGUGUUGUGGCGGCGCGGGCGGCGGCGGCCCCAUGCGGUGCGAGCCCCCCUGGUGGAGCUGCGGCGGCGUCUGCCUACCACUCCACCUCCCCCUGCUGCCUCUGCCCUUCCCCCCCAUCCACCACCACCACGGAGGCAGGUGCAAGCCCCGAGCCCCUCUGGAGCGACUGUAGUAGUUACAACAGCAGGAGUACCGGCGAGUGUGGGCGGCGCGGGCGGAGUGAGGGCGGGUGGUGUGCGUGGGCGCGCGGGCUGGGCGGGGCUGCCUCGCCCUCCAAGCUAUGCCCGGGCGGCGCCUCCCCGUGCUUCAUGUUCAUGUUCCGCUCCAGGAAGACCGCCCUGGUGAAGCGAGCCUGGAAGUCACGGCAGGUCGGGCUGGGCGACGCACCCCACCAGGAACCCAACCAGCAGGAGGUCGCCCAGCAGCUCAAGGUUGCCGCCUUCCACCUACUUCGCCGCCUGACGGAUGCCCAACUGGAGUUACUGGUGGCCGCCUUGGACUCAGGCGGCGGUGACCCCGGAGAGUGCGUGCUGGUGCCCCGCGAGCUGGGCGAGGAGAGUGUGGGUGGCCGCGCCUUGCCGCCCCACCUCCUGAUGGUGUGGGUGUGGCGGUGGCCGGACCUGCUCAGCGCCAACCAGCACAGCACCACGCCCCUGCAGCGACUUCCCUCGUGUGCUGCCCGCAACGACCACGUCUACGUGUGUGCCAACCCCUACCACUGGGCCAGACUCCUUCAGACAGGUUAGUGUGCUUGAAGCCUUUGUGGGGAGAGGGAGUGUGUUUGUCUCUCCCAGGAGGCAGAGACGUCUUCUAGCUGGUGCACUCGAUAGCGGUUCCCUGCACUCUGCCUAAGGUAAAGCUGCUCACGCCUACACUAUCUGGAGGAGGCGGUGUUUAGGCCUAUGGGAAUGUCUGAUAAUCCCGAUAGGCUUACUGAUAUGUUUGGAAUGAUAUUGUUUUGUUUAUUUGUUCGUUCGUUCGUUUGUUUUUGUUGCCAAGGGUUUUAUUUAUUUUAUUUGCUUAUUUUAUUUACUUAUUUAUGUUUUUUUUUUUUUUUUAAUACGAGUGACAUGGGAGUAAUUUAUUUCAGAGGUUUUAAUUAUAACUGCUAGAAUUAGGUCAAGAGAUACAUAGUUUUAAGGUGUUUAUAAUUGCGUGAUGCAUGGUUUACUCUAUGCUUUUCUUAUAUGUUUAGUUGUACUUCUAAAUAGUUAUCUAUAUUCUGUUAAAUUUCUUAUGUAUUUGGUAUUGAUUUAUAAUUAAUUCUAUAUACUUUCUAUUAAUUUAUAUUUAUUUAUUUUUUUAUACAUAUUUUUCUCAUUUGCAGUUUUUACUUUUUUUCAUGAUCUCUUCACUAACUUUUUUUCUUUCUUUUUAACGAAGGGGAGAGAAAGAGUGUCAUUUUGGGUUCAAUAUUCAUAGAGGAAUCUUCGUGGGUGCAAUGUACUCGCACACGGGUGGAAUAUCAACAGAACCUGAACGCUUAGUCCCUUUUAUCUUCUGUGGUGACUAGUAAUGCUUGGAGACGCGGCUGGAAUAGAACCUUAACAUCUAGUCACUUUUUUUUCUUCUAAGGUGACUCUGGUAAAGCUUGGGAGGUAUGGGAGGAAUAUCAACAGAUCCUUAAUAUAUAGUCCUCUUAGUGAAUCUGGUAACUGUGGCACGGGUGGGAAGAGAGAGGACUAAGAUCGCGCCUGACUGUUUGAAGGGAGGAACUGGAGGCAUUUGUGAGGCGUGAAUGGCAGGAAUGUUAUGGUACGUGACUGCAAGAUUGGAGCUUUCAUAAUAUCGUGUGGGUUUCGUAACGAGUGACUGUAUAAAGAGAAGGAGUGUGAUAAUAUGGAGGUUUCAAGGGAAGGAAUUGGAUGCAACAUUAGAAUUAGGUGUAAAACGUUUUGUUGUCAUAUUUACGGUCUAGACGCGAAUUUCAUAAUAGUUGAGUGUAUAUAUGGAAUUCAGUAGUAGUUUUGACUGUUCGAGAGAAGGAAUUGGAUGCUACAAGAGGAAGAUUAAUGUUAACUAAAUGUACUUUCCGUCUAGAGAAGAAUUCUAUAAAGAGUGGCUGUGUAAGAAGGAAUUCAGUAGUUUUGAGGCUUGGUGGGGAGGGAUUUGAUGUUACAUGAGAAAGAUUUGUGUAAACUCCCUGUUCGAGCGAUGAAGAUUAGUGUAAACUUCGUGUCUUCACUCUACAGGUGAAUUUCCUAAAAGAAUCUGGCAGUUUUAAAGAACCUGAUGCUCCGAGACAGUGUAACAUAAACGUCCUGUUAGAGGGAGGUAGACUGGUGUAAACUCCCUGUAUCUUCAGUCUAGAGGUGGGUUUCGUAACUGCUUGGGCGAUAUGGGCAGAUAAUGAGGGUCGGAGAUAGCGAUUUUACCUUCUAGUGAUCGGCCUCCAGAAGCCUGCCUCGCCUUGCCUAGCGGUGUGUUGUAUCACGCCGCGCUACUCGUCCCGCUCGUCAUUCUUGCCAACGUAUAAGCCUCGCCGCCUUACUCAGCGCCGUAUUUUGAAGCACUUCUGCGCCGCAUCUCCGCUACUUUCUGUCUCUAGCUGAAGUUACACGGGUUUCUAAAGGUGUUUUUAAGGUUCAUGUAAUAGAUUAAUUGUAUUUCCAUAUUUUUAACAGGAGAAACACUCGUGGAAAUCUGGCUAAUCAUCCCCGUGGCCUUUGAAAACAGUCGUGGUGGGAGAGCAAAGCGUUUCAGAAUACAGGCCUCACUUCAACUCGCUCUUCCACCUACUUGUUCUUUCUCGUAAGUUCAUUGGUUUGAUCCUCCUCCCUAAGUAAUUGUGAGGCGUUGGCAUGUUAAGUGCGGACAUGAGUUUGAUUUGACUGAUUGGUGUCAUUAUUUAUUUUUAUUUUUUUAUUUUUUUUUAUUUUUUUUUUUCAAGAUGCAGGAAAGGUUAUCUCCGUUACUUAUCAUUAUUAUUAUUUAUGAUAUUUUAUUUUAUUUAUUUAUCUAUUUAUUUAUUUUAUUUUAUUUUAUUUCUUUUGUGGUCGACUUAUUAUUUUUCUCGAGGCAUUUGUGAAGCAUGUGUGUGUUUGUGUUGCUUCGUCUCCGUUUGGUGGAGUGGCGGUGGACUGAGACGUGCUGUUGUGGAGAAGGGCUGAGGUAGAACUGAAUUGGUCCAACAGUGAGAAUGCUCGUUUGUCAUAGGAAGUUUUCAUCAAUGUUGUCCUUAUUUGCUGUUAAUUUUGAGGCGUUCACGUGUUUGCCUGUAGUGUUUUGACUCCAUUGGCUGCUUUGAUGAAGUAAAUUAUGGAGGAGACGAGAAAAAUAAGUUUCUUUUGUGUCAAGGCUACAAAGAGAAUACUAACUCAUUAUUUAGUUUAUAUUUUCAUCGAUUUCUGAUGGAAUAAAUUAUGUAGUGUAUUAAAAGAAAUUAAGUCAUAUAUUUUUUUUCAUUUUUACUGAUCUUUUAUUUCUUUUCUAAGGAGUUUCGAGGCGCCUGCGUGUGAAUGUUUGUGAUCUCUUAACCCUUUUACUGAGUGCUUUGACUGAGUGGCGUGAGACUCCAGAAGAACCGUGUGAAUUUGCGUCAGGUUGCAACAGAAGACGUGUGAAUCCCAGGGAACUUUGCCGGCAGAUGAAGAGAAAGAGAGGGGAGAAAAGAAAAGAAAAAAAAAAAGAGGAGAAAAUUUGGGAGUUUAACUAUGUAAGGAAACUUGCUGGGAAAUAUCAGUACAUCUUUAACCGGUAUGGCGAAGAGAAUAUUGAGUAAACGUGAUCGCAUGCAUGGAGAAAAUUAGAGAAGACAUGAAAAGAGAGAAAAAGAAUGAAAGAAUAUACAAACAUGGAAGAAAAUAUAAGGCACGGAAUGAAAAAACAAACAAACAAGAAAAAGAAAUUAAAGGAAGAAAAUAAAAGCAAGUAGAGAAAAAAAAAUAGACAAGGAAUGAAAAGAAAAGCAAGAGAGAGAAAUUCAAGAAGCUAAAAGAAAAAAAAAGACUAAUUAAAGAAAAAUCGACAAAACAAAGCGUAAAAAAAUGAAGGCAAGAACAUACAAGCAUCACCUAAGACACCCUGCUCACAAUCACACAGCAUCAACAUAAAGACGAAUAAGGAGAGGAGAGAACUGACCAAACAUGAUAGGGAGGAUGAAAACGAAGUGCAGGACAAAGGCAGGCAAGGAGGCGAAGAAGAAGGAGGAGGAGGAGGAGGAGGAGGAGGAGGAGGAGGAGGAGGAGGAGGAGGAGGACUAGUAAGAUGAGGCGGAGGGAAAAAGGAGAGAAGAAUAACGUAGAGAGCUGAGAGAAGCCUGUCAUUUCUCUAGUGAAGGAAGCAGACAAACCGCUUUCACAACACGUAACAAAACUGCUUCUGCUUGUGAGGUCCGCCGCUGUGGCCUUAAGAGGAGGAAUGGAGGGAGAAGAGGGAGGGCACAGGGACGCACUAGAGCAGGAGGAGAGGGAUGAGGAGGAGGAGGAAGAGGAGGAGGGGGGGCUGCAGUAUAGGAAUGGCUGUUCUGAGAAGUGUAAAUGACGUAGGCAAGCUUAGAAGUUUUGUGAGGCGAGUGUUGCCUGACCUUAUCUUUCGCUGCAUCUGAGGGCCCGCCGCGGUGGUGGUGGUGGUGGUGGUGGUGGUGUCCUUCUGCGCCUUCUACCCCACGUGCUGCUGCGCUAAGGGACUGCUGGAUGACGGGAAGGGGACUAAGGAAAGAAUGGAGUGAUGAUUGGAGGAGACAUACUGAAGGAGUGAUGGUUAAGUGGAAAAGGGAGAAGGAAAGGGAAGAGAAUGGAGAAGGUAACAAAGGAGGAAAGAAAUGAUAAGGACGAGGAAAUGGAGUGAAAAGAUGAGUGGAUGAAGGAGGAAUGCUUAGGAAAAGGAGAUCAGGAAGGAGAGAAAGAGACGAGGAAUUGAGAGGAGGUAAGUAAUGGUUAGAGAGGGAAAAAUAAAAGUAGAGGACAUAUUGGAGAAAAAGAGGACCACGAAGGAGAACGAAGGAACAAAGAGGGAAAGUAAAAGAAUGAUGAUAAAGAGGAGGAGGCGAAGGAAAAAGAAAAUGAGGAACUGCUAAGAAGAUAUGAGGAAUAUACAAGUGUGUGUGUGUGUGUGUGUGUGUGUGUGUGUGUGUGUGUGUUUGUGUUUAUGUUCCUAAGGAGGAUAGUGAAGAAGAGGAUGAAGAAUCGCUUAGCUAAAGGAGGACGAGAAGAAUGAUUGUGUGUGUGUGUGUGUGUGUGUGUGUGUGUGUGUGUGUGUUUGUGACGUAUACAGAAAUAGAUGUAUCAUUAAGGCUGGUCACUCUUCAUUUAUUAAUGGAGAGAGAGAGAGAGAGAGAGAGAGAGAGAGAGAGAGAGAGAGAGAGAGAGAGAGAGAGAGAGAGAGAGAGAGAGAGAGCGAGAGAGAGAGAGGGGAGGGGAGGGGGGGGUCUAGGCACCUUACUGGACCAAUCAAUUCUCUCUCUCUCUCUCUCUCUCUCUCUCUCUCUCUCUCUCUCUCUCUCUCUCUCUCUCUCUCUCUCUCUCUCUCUCUCUCUCUCUCUCGUCUGUUUCUCGUCACAGCAACCCAUUGAGCGUGUCAUGAGAUGCUCUUGUUUGUUCGUCUGUUCGUUCAUCCUCACGUCACCUCUGUCUUUCUUUAUUCUUUUUUAUUGCAGAUCUUAUUUGAUUUCUCCUUGAUUUUCUUUGCUUCCUCCUUUUGUCUUUAUGUUUUGUUUUGUUUUACUGUCAUCUUUUUUUCGACUUUUUCUUUUUCUUAUCUAACUUUUUACUUAAUUUCAUUUUCGUCUCAUUCAUUAAAAGCUUUUCUGUCAUUUUUUUUAUCUUAUUCGUUUCUUUUCAUAUUUCUUUUAUCAACAGUUUUUUUUCUUUCUUUAACCCUUUAUUUCAAUUCAUAUUCUCUCUCUCUCUCUCUCUCUCUCUCUCUCUCUCUCUCUCUCUCUCUCUCUCUCUCUCUCUCUCUCUCUCUCUCUCUCUCAUUUCCGUGUAACUUUUAUAUUUAUUCUAAUUUUAUUCCCGUCCCUUCCCACAUGUCUUCGCUCAACACCACAACCAUUUUCAUCUCCUUCUAUUCAUUUAUCCCUAUAUAUAAUUUCACAUCCCUCUGUAUCACUCGCUCUUGUGUAGCUUUCACCUUUUCCUCGUCCCUUCCCGCAUCUCUUCGCUCACCACUACAACCAUUUUUCUCUUUGUUUACCCCUUCAUUUCAUUACAUAUUCCUCUGUACCACUCUCUACGUACCUUUUCAUCUAUUUCUCGUCCCUUCCCGCAUCUCUUCGCGCGCCACAACUGCCGUAAAUACACAACGAGCGAUGCACAACAAGCCCGGAUGUUGCUGAACUUUCCUGCUAAACUUCCCUGCUAAUCACACCUGCGACUUAUGGGGUAAACUGCUGCCUUCUGGACCUAAAUCAAAUCAGCGUGAUGCACUGCGCCGAGGGAAGCAUGUGAGGAACGGCGGGACUUGCCUCGUAUUCACGCUUUGUUCUCUCAUCUGACCAUAAUAAUUCUAAGGCCACGGAGCUCUCGAAACUGUAUAGGUGAGGCAAGUGUGUGAGGAGCUACGGGACUUGCUUGGUAUUCUUAAGCAUUUUACUCUCAUCUGACUAAUUCCAAGGGUACUGUGGGGAUUAGUCGAGUUCUCAAGGUGAGGAUAGGCGAGGAGUUGUCUGAUUUUCCAUGUAUUUUCAAGCGCCUUCUCUCAUGUAUAUUGUAUUCUAAUGCCACAGAAAUGACUAGUCGAGUUGUCAAGGUUGUUCUUCCCACUGCCCAUGCAGAACUCGUGUUGAAUUAUCACUAUAAUCAUGGAAACGCUCUUAAAAUAUCCUUCCCGUGUUAAACUACCUAUAGAAUCAAGAAAAGACCCUUGAAAAACAGUUCGCAAGUCAAAUCUCCCUUAAAAUGAUGCUGAGCCCGUGUUAAACCAUCACUACAAUCACUUAAACAUCCUUGAAAACAGCAUUUCUUUGUUAAAUUACCGCCAAAAACACGAAGCCUCCUUGAAAAGAUCCCUCCCUUGUUAAACUACCACUAGAGUCGCCAAAACACCUUUGAAAACAGCUUUGCCAUGCUAAACUACUACUAGAAUCGCCAAAACACCCUUGAAAACACCUUUGCCAUGUUAAACUACCAUUAGCAUCACCAAUAUACCCUUGAAACUAUGACUACAAUCACCAAAACACCUUUAAAAACAUCCAUCCAUUUUAAACUAUCACAAGAAUCCCCAAAACUCCCCUUUAAAACACCCUUAAGUAACCUCCGCACUGUUGAAAGUAGCCGGAGUGAGACGCCAGAACGUUUAAGAAUACGGUCCUUGUUGCGGCCAAAACUUCAACUCCCGCGAAGGUUUGAGUUAAGCAGCGCGUCGCGAGGGAGUUCAAAGAGAAGCGGCUUCCCUACAUGGCGCUGCAUCAUUAAUAUCUACCCAGGCGAACCCAGGACUUGUGUGUGGCAGCUUCUCUCUCUCUCUCUCUCUCUCUCUCUCUCUCUCUCUCUCUCUCUCUCUCUCUCUCUCUCUCUCUCUCUCUCUCUCUCUCUCUCUCUCUCUCUUAAAUUGUGGAGACUAGAAUGUGGUGGAGAGAAGGAGAGAGAGAGAUGGGGGAGGAGAUAGAAAGACAGAGAGACGAGUUGCUAGAAGUGAAUCAAGAGAGAGAGAGAGAGAGAGAGAGAGAGAGAGAGAGAGAGAGAGAGAGAGAGAGAGAGAGAGAGAGAGAGAGAGAGACGAGUCGCUAGAAGUAAAACUAGGUUACUGUAAAUAUAAGGAUCUGGGAGAGAGAGAGAGAGAGAGAGAGAGAGAGAGAGAGAGAGAGAGAGAGAGAGAGAGAGAGAUAUUAUGCUUGGGAGAGAUCGAGGCGCAAGGACGGAGCAGGCAGGAAUGAACCAAGGUUACUCAGAUGCAGGAAUGCCGCA